AUGAGCAGAGAUGCUGGCAUGGAGGUUUUUGGGGAGGCUGCACCGUACCUGCGCAAAUCAGAGAAGGAGAGAAUUGAAGCCCAGAACCAGCCGUUUGAUGCCAAGACCUACUGCUUUGUGGCUGACCCCGAGGUGGUGUACACCAAAGGGAAGAUCAAGGCUGCACAGAAUGGGAAGAUAACUGUUGAGACAGAGGAUGGCAGAAUACUCGCUGUCAAACCUGAUGAUGUCUAUGCCAUGAACCCACCUAAGUUUGACAGAAUUGAAGAUGUGGCCAUGUUGACUCACCUCCAUGAACCUGCUGUCCUCUACAACCUCAAGGACCGCUACAGCUCCUGGAUGAUCUAUACCUACUCUGGUCUCUUCUGUGUCACCGUCAACCCCUACAAGUGGCUGCCGGUGUACAGCCCGCAGGUGGUGGCUGGCUACCGAGGCAAGAAGCGCCAGGAGGCCCCUCCACACAUCUUCUCCAUCUCUGACAACGCCUAUCAGUUCAUGCUGACUGAUCGUGAAAACCAGUCCAUCCUGAUCACUGGGGAGUCUGGAGCAGGGAAGACUGUGAACACAAAGAGUGUCAUCCAGUACUUUGCCACAAUUGCAGUGGGUGGAGACCUAGCCAAGAAGAAGGAGUCUUGGAUGAAGUGUACACUCAAAGAUCAAAUCCUUAGUGCUAACCCACUGCUGGAGGCCUUUGGGAAUGCCAAGACUGUGAGAAAUGACAACUCCUCGCGCUUUGGUAAAUUCAUUCGUAUUCAUUUUGGGACCUCUGGAAAACUGGCCUCUGGUGAUAUUGAGACCUAUCUGUUGGAAAAGUCAAGAGUCACUUUCCAGCUGAAAGCAGAGAGAAGCUACCACAUCUUCUACCAGAUCCUCUCCAACAAGAAGCCUGAGCUGCUUGAAAUGCUUCUCAUCACAUCGAACCCAUAUGACUACCCAUUCAUCAGCCAAGGGGAGAUUUCUGUGGCCAGCAUUGAUGACCAGGAGGAGCUUGUUGCCACAGAUGCAGCCAUUGACAUCUUGGGCUUCAGCCCUGAUGAAAGAAUGGGCAUUUACAAGCUGACAGGGGCAAUCCUACACUAUGGAAACAUGAAGUUCAGGCAGAAACCACGUGAGGAGCAGGCAGAGCCAGAUGGCACAGAAGAGGCUGACAAAGCAGCAUACCUGAUGGGCCUGAACUCGGCAGACUUGCUGAAAGCUUUGUGCUAUCCCCGGGUGAAAGUGGGAAAUGACUAUGUCAUGAAGGGCCAAACAGUGCAUCAGGUGCACCACGCAGUGAAUGCCAUUGCCAAAUCAGUCUAUGAGAAACUCUUCUUCUGGAUGGUGAUGCGCAUCAACCAACAACUGGAUACAAAGCUUCCAAGACAGCACUUUAUUGGAGUCUUAGACAUCGCUGGCUUUGAGAUUUUUGAGUUCAACAGCUUUGAGCAGCUGUGCAUCAACUUCACCAAUGAGAAACUGCAACAGUUCUUCAACCACCACAUGUUUGUGCUGGAGCAGGAGGAGUACAAGAAGGAAGGAAUUGAAUGGGAGUUCAUUGACUUUGGGAUGGACCUGGCUGCCUGCAUUGAGCUCAUUGAGAAGCCCAUGGGCAUCUUCUCCAUCCUGGAAGAGGAGUGCAUGUUCCCCAAGGCAACUGACACCUCUUUCAAGAACAAGCUCUAUGACCAGCAUCUGGGCAAGUCCAACAACUUCCAGAAGCCCAAGCCUGGCAGAGGCAAGGUUGAGGCUCACUUCUCGCUGGUGCACUAUGCCGGCACAGUGGACUACAACAUCACUGGCUGGCUUGAGAAGAACAAAGACCCUCUGAAUGAAACUGUUGUGUGGCUGUAUCAGAAAUCAUCUAUGAAAAUUUUAUGCAAUCUUUAUGCUGAUUUUGCUUACAGCGAUGAAGCUGAAGGUGGUGGGAUUAAGAAGAAAGGAACCAAGAAAAAGGGCUCUUCCUUCCAAACUGUCUCUGUACUCUUUCGGGAAAACCUAAAUAAGCUGAUGUCCAACUUGCGAACAACCCAUCCUCAUUUUGUGCGUUGUAUCAUUCCCAAUGAAACAAAGACCCCAGGCCUGAUGGAUCACAAGCUUGUUCUGCACCAGCUGAGAUGUAAUGGUGUCCUGGAAGGCAUUCGAAUCUGCAGGAAAGGAUUUCCUAACAAGAUACUAUAUGGGGAUUUUAAACAAAGAUACCGCCUUCUGAACACUGCUGUCAUUCCAGAAGGACAGUUUAUGGAUAACAAGAAGGCAUGUGAAAAGUUGCUGUCUUCCAUUGAGAUAGAUCAUACUCAAUACAAAUUUGGACACACUAAGGUGUUCUUCAAGGCAGGCUUGCUGGGUGUCCUAGAAGAGAUGCGAGAUGAUUGCUUAGGAAAACUCAUCACGCAGACACAGGCUUUAUGCAGAGGAUACCUCAGGAGGCUUGAAUUGAAAAGAAUGGUGGACCAUAGGGAGUCCAUCUUCUGCAUCCAGUGCAACAUCCGUGUGUUCAUGAACGUCAAGCACUGGCCCUGGAUGGAGCUGUACUUCAAGCUAAAACCCCUUUUGAAAAGUGUGGAAACUGAGAAAGAGAUGGCCACGAUGAAGGAAAAAUUUAAGAGAACAAAAGAAGAACUGGCUAAAUCAGAAACCAAGAGGAAAGAGCUGGAACUAAAAAUGGUGACUCUGGUGCAAGAGAAAAGGGCUCUGCAAAUGCAAGUACAGACUGAAAAUGAAAAUCUGGCUGAUGCUGAAGAAAGAUGUGACCAGGUGAUCAAAGCCAAAUUCCAGCUGGAAGCAAGAAUAAAGGAGGUAAUGGAAAAACUGGAGGAUGAAGAGGGGAUAAAUACUGAUCUGGCAGCCAGAAAGAGGAAACUGGAGGAUGAAUGUUCAGAACUGAAGAAGGAUAUUGAUGACCUUGAGUUAACAUUAGCUAAAGCUGAAAAAGAAAAGCAUGCCACAGAAAACAAGGUUAAAAAUCUAACUGAAGAAAUGACAGUUUUAGAUGAGACUGUUGUGAAGUUAGACAAGGAGAAGAAGGUCCUACAAGAAGCCCAUCAGCAGGCACUGGAUGACCUGCAAAUUGAGGAGGACAAAGUUAAUACCCUCACCAAAGCCAGAAUCAAAUUGGAGCAACAAGUGAACAAUGUUGAAGGAUCUUUCGAACAAGAAAGAAAAGUUUGUGUGGAUCUUGAACGAGCAAAGAGAAAGCUUGAAGGAGACUUGAAACUUGCCCAGGAAACCACAGUGGAUCUGGAGAAUGAAAAACACCACUUAGAUGAAAAACUGAGAAAGAAAGACUUGGAAUUGAAUGAGAUGCAAAAUAAAAUUGAGGAACAGCAGAGUUCAGGUAUUCAACUGCAGAAGAAGGUCAGAGAAUUGCAGGCCCGUGUGGCAGAGCUGGAAGAGGAGACCAUGAGUGAGAAGGCAGUGCGGGCAAAGGCCGAGAAGCAUUGUCAUGAGCUGUCGAAUGAACUGGAGGAAAUCAGUCAAAGGCUUGAGGAGGCUGCGGGAACCACCAGUGCUCGAAGUGAUCUCAACAAGAAACGUGAGGCCGAGUUCCAGAAGAUGCGUCGUGACCUCGAAGAGGCUACGCUGCAGCACGAAGCUACAGCUGCUGCCCUGCGGAAGAAGCAUGCGGACAGCACCGCUGAGCUUGGGGAGCAGAUCGACAACCUGCAGCGAGUGAAGCAGAAGCUGGAGAAGGAGAAGAGUGAGCUGAAGAUGGAGAUUGACAGCUUGGCCAGUAGUACAGAGACCAUUACUAAGUCCAAGGCUCAUCUAGAAAAAGUGUACCGCACUCUGGAAGAACAGAUGAGAGAUAUGAAAGCCAAAUUUGAGGAAAACCAGAAAAACAUGAAUGAGGUGGUGAUCCAAAAAGCUCAGCUUCAGACAGAGUCUGGUGAACUGAGCCGUCAACUUGAAGAGAAGGAAACCAUAACUGUGCAGCUGGCCAGGAGCAAGCAGGCAAUUGCACAGCAAAUAGAAGAGCUUAAGAGGCAGCUGGAGGAAGAGAGCAAGGCCAAGAACGCGCUGGCCCACGCCUUGCAGGCUGCUCGCCACGACUGUGACUUGCUCCGGGAGCAAUAUGAGGAGGAGCAGGAAGCCAAAGGGGAGCUGCAGCGUGCCCUGUCCAAGGCCAACAGCGAAGUGGCCCAGUGGAGAACCAAAUACGAGACAGACGCUAUCCAGCGCACAGAGGAGCUGGAGGAGGCCAAGAAAAAGCUCUGUCAGCGUCUCCAGGAAGCAGGGCAGCAGACAGAGACUGUGAAUUCAAAGUGUACCUCCUUGGAGAAGAUUAACUUGAAGUUGCAGGGGGAGGUGGAGGAUCUGACAGUGGACAGAGAGAGAGCAAACAUUUUGGCUGCUGCCCUUAACAGGAAACAGCAGAACUUUGAUAAGGUCAUGGCAGAAUGGAAGGGAAAGUAUGAGGAGAGCCAGCUGGAGCGGGAAGCUCUCUCCAAAGAAUCACGCUCACUAAACACAGAGCUUUUCAAAGUGAAAAAUGCCUAUGAGGAAACCUUAGAUCAGCUUGAAAUGAUCAAAAGGGAGAACAAGUCUCUCAAACAGGAAAUAGCUGAUCUGACUGAACACAUUACUGAAAAUGGCAGAAUGAUUGGAGACCUCGAGAAAGCCAAAAAGCAAGCUGAAGUAGAAAAAUCUGAGCUGCGAUUAGCGCUGGAGGAAGCAGAGGCAACUCUUGAGCAUGAAGAGGUGAAAAUCCUUGGCAUCAACCAAGAACUGACUCAGAUUAAAUUAGAAAUCAACAGAAAGAUUGCUGAGAAAGAUGAGGAGAUCAGCCAGUUAAAAAAGAGCAAUCAAAGGACUGUGGAGACAAUGCAGGGUGUUUUGGAUGCUGAGAUCAGGAGCAGAAGUGAAUCCUUAAGGCUGAAGAAGAAGAUGGAGGGAGACCUGAAUGAAAUGGAGAUCCAGCUGAGCCAUGCCAACCGCCAGGCUGCCGAGGCACAGAAACACCUGCAAAGCAUCCAGGGAAUUCUCAAGGACACGCAGCAGCAGUUGGAUGAUGCUCUGAGGACACAGGAGGACCUGAAGGAGCAGGUGGCCAUGGUGGAGCGCAGAGCAGACCUGUUGCAGGCUGAAGUUGAGGAGCUACGGGCAGCCCUGGAGCAGAUGGAGCGGUCCAGGAAAGUGGCUGAGCAGGAACUGAUGGAUGCUACUGAACAUGUGCAGCUCCUCCAUACCCAGAACACCAGCCUUCAUAAUACAAAGAAGAAGCUUGAAGCUGAUAUGGCACAAAUCCAAACUGAGGUGGAAAAUAUUACUGAUGAAGCAAAAAAUGCUGAAGAAAGAGCAAAGAAGGCAAUCACAGAUGCAGCCAUGAUGGCAGAAGAGCUGAAGAAGGAGCAGGACACCAGCUCCCACCUGGAAAGGAUGAAGAGGAACCUCGACCAGAUGGUGAAGAACCUGCAGCACCGUCUGGAUGAGGCUGAGCAGUUGGCACUGAAGGGAGGAAAGAAACAGCUCUUGAAGACGGAGGCCAGGAUCCGGGAGUUAGAAGCUGAGCUGGAAGAAGAACAUAAACGAUCUGCAGAGGCUAUGAAAAACAUCCGCAAAUACGAACGGCGUGUCAAAGAGCUGACUUUCCAGAAUGAAGAACAGAGGAAGAACAUGAUGAGGUUACAAGAUCUGGUAGACAAACUGCAGAUGAAAAUCAAAUCCUACAAAAGUCAAGCUGAGGAAGCUGAUGAACAAGCCAAUACCAAUCUCUCCAAAUUCAGAAAAGCACAGCACAAACUGGAAGAGGCUGAGGAAAGGGCAGAUAUUGCUGAAAGCCAAGUAAACAAGCUCAGAGCUAAAACCCAAGCAGUCCCUUCUACAAAGGUAGUGUUCAGAAGUGAAAAAUGAGCUUCCUCUGGGAUAACCAGAACUUACACAAAG